AUGGUCGUAUUUGCUGGGAUAAAAUCAACCUUGUUACCACCCUAUGAUCUUUUCACUGUGAUUGCAUACGGUUCAGCCUUGUUACCACCCUAUGACUUUUUCACUGUGAUUACAUACAGUUCAGCCUGGUUACCACCCUAUGAUCUUUUCACUGUGAUUACAUACAGUUCAGCCUUUUUACCACCCUAUGAUCUUUUCACGCUGAUUGCAUACGGUUCAGCCUUGUUACCACCCUAUGAUCUUUUCACGCUGAUUGCAUACGGUUCAGCCUUGUUACCACCCUAUGAUCUUUUCACUGUGAUUGCAUACAGUUCAGCCUGGUUACCACCCUAUGAUCUUUUCACUGUGAUUACAUACAGUUCAGCCUUGUUACCACCCUAUGAUCUUUUCACGCUGAUUGCAUACGGUUCAGCCUUGUUACCACCCUAUGAUCUUUUCACGCUGAUUGCAUACGGUUCAGCCUUGUUACCACCCUAUGAUCUUUUCACUGUGAUUGCAUACAGUUCAGCCUGGUUACCACCCUAUGAUCUUUUCACGCUGAUUGCAUACGGUUCAGCCUUGUUACCACCCUAUGAUCUUUUCACUGUGAUUGCAUACAGUUCAACCUGGUUACCACCCUAUGAUCUUUUCACUGUGAUUGCAUACAGUUCAGCCUUGUUACCACCCUAUGAUUUUUUCACGCUGAUUGCAUACGGUUCAGCCUUGUUACCACCCUAUGAUCUUUUCACUGUGAUUGCAUACAGUUCAGCCUUGUUACCACCCUAUGAUCUUUUCAGGCUGAUUGCAUACGGUUCAGCCUUGUUACCACCCUAUGAUCUUUUCACGCUGAUUGCAUACGGUUCAGCCUUUUAA